AUGGACAUUAUCAAGGACAUUGGGUUGGCUCAAGCAAAAUCUGCGUCUAGUCCAUUUCCCUCUGGUUUGAAGCUAGCUACUAUCUCUGGUCCCAAUUUCUUGCAUCGUGAUUCUUAUCGAAGAUUGGUUGGCCGAUUACUUUAUCUUGGCUUUACACGACCGGAUAUUUCCUACUUAGUACAACAGCUUAGUCAGUACCUAAAUCAACCUUGUGACUCGCAUUGGAAGGUAGCAUUGCAUGUGGUUCGUUAUCUCAAGGGAUCUCCAUCCAAAGGACUGUAUUUUCGAGGUAGUAAUUCCUUAGCUCUUCGUGUAUUUUGUGAUGCCGAUUGGACGUCCUGCCCGGAGUCUAGGCGUUCUCUCACAGGAUACUGUAUCUUCCUCGGUGAUGAGUUGGUGUCGUGGAAAACCAAGAAGUAG